GGGGGGGAGGGAGUGUUUGGCAGGCACUCGUGCCCCCCUCAUCUCUGCGUGCACGACUCUCGCCUCCGCAGUGCACUGCUGGACAGCGCUGAGUGCGGAAUACAGGACAGCACUAGACAGUGCAGGACAGCACAGGAGCGCAUCAGCGAACGCCGGCCGAAGGGACGCGCUUCCGUAUAGUCCCGAAGUCCCAAACACCAGCUAUGCACAACAGCAUUACCCACAUGGACCUAAUAUGAACUGUUGGAUGGCUGUUCUGCGCUUCAUGACUCACACUUACAGAUAUACAGUUUGAGAAGGAAGGACAUUAUCAGCCAUGGACACCUUGGUGUGGAUCUUGGUUUGUGGAGCGCUGGGGCUGGUGUUUAGCUCUAAACUGGAGCGAGCUGUGGAAGCUGUGGAAGACUUGUGUGAAUCGGGCCAAUACACUAAGAGUGGUGAGUGCUGUAUCCAGUGUCCGCCAGGAGAGGGAGUGAGCAGAGAGUGCGGGGCCAAACAGACUGAAUGUGGUCAAUGCCUGGACAGUGAGACCUUCUCUGAAUACUACAGUCACACAGAGAAGUGCAAGAAGUGUAGCGAGUGCACGGGUCUCAUGCGUAUGCAGACCCCCUGUACCGACUCGAACGAUGCAGCGUGCGUCUGUAACUACAGCUACUUCCUGGACAUUCUGUCUGGGCAGUGCAAGGAGUGCACCGUGUGUCCGAAGGGUUACGGCGUAAUGAUGCGCUGCGAAUACGACCAUGACACGGUUUGUGAGGAGUGUACGGACGACACCUUCUCCGAGCAGGAGAGCUCGCUGGACCCCUGCCUCCCCUGCACUAUCUGUGAAGAGGACAUAGAGAUUUUAAUCAGGAAGUGCACACCUACAGCAGACGCUGUGUGUCAUGAUCCAUUAGCUCCUACGUAUCCCCCUACCUCCCCUUCCCCUAGCGAAUCAAACCCCUAUUUGACUGAUCUGGAUGUAUUAUGGAGCCCCAGCCCUGGAGGGGAUGCCACUACACCCAAACCCAGCACCCCACACUUCAUCGGCAGAGGACUCAACGAGAACCUGAUCCCCAUCUACUGCUCCAUCCUGGCGGCGGUCGUGGUCGGCCUGCUGGCUUACAUCAUUUUCAAGAGGUGGAACAGCUGCAAGCAGAAUAAACAGGCAGCUAAUAAUCGUGCAGCGACGGCCAAUCAGACGCCAUCUCCAGAGGGAGAGAAACUGCACAGUGACAGCGGGAUCUCAGUGGACAGUCAGAGUCUGCAGGAGCAGCAGGGCCAGACGCAAGCGCAGGCCCACACGCAGCUGCAUGCCGCAGAGCAGAUCGUGGUGAGAGUGGAUGGGGGCGCUCAGCCUGACUCCCCGCCACCUCAGGCCUAACCGGUAAGGACCAGGAGGUAACAUGAUCAACGAGGAAGGAGAGAUGAGAGGUUGGAGUAGAGAAAACAAGUGCGGAAGGAACACAGAGGAGAAAGGAGGAGCGAAGCCAUAAUGGAUGUCCGGCCAGGGAGGCCAAGACUACGAGACCAGAUCUUUGAUCAUUUUGUACCCAGCACGGACAAUUCUUUGACGGGCCGGUUCAUCAGCAUCCGUGGAGAUGUCUUCAACGAUCUGGCCUAAAGUAGCUACUACUAAACAAACAUAAGCCCAAAGCGAGUUUGCAGUGUAAUGUAUACUGAAGCCCAGUUCAAACCUCAACGACAACAAAACUGAAUGUUUAAAGUCUACCGGGUUUCGCAAAUGCAUUACAGUGACCUCGUGACAUGAACUCUGGAUCUCUUUACGAGAGGAUGUAAACACGGCCGUCGUAAGUUUCACGGAUAUCACGUUAUUUAACAACCUCACCAUGAUUCCUCUACCUGGGGCUUUCUGCCUGAUUUAAUAAGGAUUUUGUUUUUGCCUUAUCUUUGAAGUAUUAACAGAUUAUGUCUUUAACCAUCAAAUUCCUCUAUUUAAUCAGAACCUCAGAUUUUCAUGCAGCUCUUUCCAGGUGUGUAUUCAGACUUUGGGGGUGGGUUACGCAGUUAGCUUAUGAAAGCAGCUGAUCUCAGGUCAGCGUUUAUGGGCAACAACUCGCGCCUGUGACAUUUGCUGACCUUUACUAAAGUAAUGACUCAGAUCUAUACUUAGCUCUGGUUCCUUUUCUCCCUUUCACACUCUCCGUGACAGGCAUUUUUCUAUAAACACACGCAGACAUACAGUAUAGCGUGUCAUGUUCCCUGCCUUCCUCUGCUCAGUGUUUCUUUUCCUGGAUGUUCUGUCCUCUUUAAAAAUCUGAUUAAAAAUGCAAACAGAGAGCAGAACCGAAAGAAUGAGAUGCUAAGAACUGAAAUGCUGACAAACAUUUGGAUCAUUAGAAAUCUGAUUCACAGAGACGAAGACUCAAAUACUGAGAAACACAGUCAUUUUCAAACCAUCGUGUGUAUUUAGAGUUAACUAACAUGUGCCUGACCAAUACUUCAGCCAUGCCAUUUUUGGAGGGUAGGGGUGGGUUAAACAUGUUCCAAAUAGAGAUGGAAAUCAUAAGAAGAGUACCGACUCAGAUUCCAGUUAACGGUUCCUCAUAUAGUAUUCAUGUUACAUUAGCAUUCCUGUGUACUUAAAUUCAAUGCGCCCAUAGUAUGUUGACCUACUAAAUGACCUAAGAAAAAUACCAAAAAACUAAAAUAAUAACACAUUUUACUGUUUUUGUUUAAAUUAAAGUAACACUUAUUACAGCAAAACUCUGUUGUGAAUGUUUAUCUUUAACUACAAAGAUUGUCAUAUACGCUUAUUUAGAUCUGACUGGAUCUGUGAAAAUGUUGUUGGGACUCAACGGCCAAUACUAGGAUUCCCCCACCAUUUUUUCCACCUUUUCCCCCCAAACUCUGAUCUCUUCUUUCACCCUUUAUCUUUUCUACUCUUAUAAAACAUGACAUUCAUAGACUACUGUAUGAGUCAUCACUGUUUUUCUAAUCUUUGUCACCACAUUUUUUGCUCUCUCAGACUCACUAUCCUUACUUUAGUCUUGGCUAAAUGCUUCACUCCAUGAAUGCUGAGGGCCGGACAUGUGCAUCAUAUGCCAUAAUGUGGUUUGAAUCAAAGUCAUCUCAGCAGUCCUGGAAACGGUUACAUUCGUGCUUGGAGAAUGUGAAAGAGAGACGUUUCAUCUGACUGUCCUUGGCCCGGCUUAGACAAAUUACAGGGCAGACCUGUUGCCAAUUCAGCAGAAAGUGAAAAAAAUAUUAGUCCGUUACGCAUUAAAGGUGAAGUGUGUAAUUUCUUUACCUUUUCCUAAAUCAACCAACAAAUGACUUUCUUAGAAUCGUCUCUGCGUACUCCUCAAGUAUUUUAACAAUCAAAUAAAUUGCAUCACGUCUGUGAACCGAAGUGGUCUAACCAUACAACACUACCAAAAGCCCGAACAAUUAAAAAUAGCUCAUUGCUUCCUGUUUUCUCCCCAUCCACUUGGGAUAUUACGCUAGUAAAUAGACAUUAGGGACCCAAAGUAGAGGAUUCCACACACACAGAGCAUCUAAUGGACUGUCUUUCGUUGCAUUCCUAAUGUGCUUACUGCCAGGCUCUGGAAUAAAUAUGAGAGGCAUUAGUAAGACAUUCCUGUCAGGCAGCUGGUAAUUACCGCUGAAGCUUUCCGUCUCUCCUCCCCAAAGUCAGCUCACUCUCUUGGGGCUCUGUUCUGCUCAGCUUCCCUUCCCUGGAGCUCUGCAUCUCCAUUCUGGGACUGUCCGUCCAACUCUACGGCACUCAGCUGCAGUAAUAUUGCUAUCAAUGGUACAUCUACAGGAAAUCAGGCUUUGAUUUAAUUUUUUGAAGUCUUCGAUAUGAACAAGACUUUCACUUUCCAUUUGAAUAUCUAUCUUAAGAAUUUCAGAACAGGGCAGCUGGAUUCUAGCUGGUCCUUACAGAGCUUGACCACUUUAAGAUGACCGUAACGAAAUGAAGACCAACUUCCAACAUUUUUCAAUGUGACCAACAUGUCCAAAACACAGCUACCACCCAAACUUUCCAUCGGGUACCAUAUUCCAUUACUUACUGGGAGUCACAGACUGAUUUACACCAUACAAGUCCAAUCCAGUUACUACUAGAAGUUCUGCAUUAACUUAAAGUUUGAUGUAUAGAUCUUGCUUUUUGGCAGGAUGGUUGUCUCCACAUUUUAUAACGCUCGAGUAGCGUGCAUCUACCCGACGCUGUGGUUUCCAUUAAAUCACACCGUGCAGCAAAUCACUGGCUUCUGGAGGGCUCAGCGUUUCAUUCGUGGGGCACUUUACCAAUGUUUGCUCUGAGAUUAGCUUCCUCUGGAGAACCUGACGAGAUCAAGAUAAGAUCUCUUUCUCUCGCUAUCUUGGCAAUCGGCUAUCCCACACUUGCGUCUUAAUACAGAGCAGAAAGAUUGGCAAACAUCGAGUGACAAUAAUAGCAAAGAAAUUGAUGCUUCUCAGGCGGGCGGUGUACUGAAAUAUAUUAUAUUCAAAAUAAGCCUAUAUUUUCGAAGAAUGUUUUUUCUGAUGUGUUCUGAGAGAUAGAUUGAAAAUACAAGUAUGAGGGACAGACAUUUAUCAUGUGUUUCACAUAUAACCCAGAUGAUUUGUGCUUGGCAUCCAUAAGGUGUCAAAGCGUCAGUGAGCAUCUGAAACAAUUUAAAGAAUAAAGGUAAACAAGUGGAUUGAUUCUUGAUUCAAUUCCCAGAAUGUGCCAAAGCAUCCAUAAAUAAAAGCGACUCCUGCAACAAAAUAUCCACUGAAAUGGUUAUAAAUCUCACUUGUCAGCCAAAAAAAGUAUUAGAGGAAAGUCAAAACAUCAUUUACAAUACUAAAACUCUCCACUUGUAUCCACCAUCCUUUAGUAAUUCUUUAUUUUUUAUAAACAGCAGUUUUUAUAAUUUUAAAUAGAUUUAUUCUUUGAGCGCAGUAUUUUCUAGAGACCGCUUACUUUCGUAGCACUUAAAAUAGAUUUGAACACUCAAUAGUGUCCAUCACCAGAAAGUGCCUGUGGACAAUAUCAGGUGUCUCUGAGCUAUGUAUCUUGUGUGUUCUGUGUUUAUUGUAUGUGAUAGAUUCCCUUCGUUUUUUUUGUUAGUUAUGAGAUGCAUGUUGAUAAAGGUUGCCAGACAUGACGUCAUUAUCCAGGUAAAAUACAUCCAGGUGAAUUUUAUCUAUUGUCCUGCGUUUCCAAGAACUGCCUACAAUUCAAACAAGACACAUACUGUAUCAGCUACACCAGUCCUCAUAGCGGUGUACUCAAAAACACAAAAUGCAUCAUAUAAUGUCACUUUUACAGCACAUUAAAACCAUUCUAUGCAUUCACUUCACAGUGCAACCUACACAAAACGUUUAGCUCUUAUAUUACAACUGUAAGCUUAAAAAGUGGCAAUAUUUGAUAGCUUUGUGUUUCACAAAAAUGUUAUUACUUAUGACAAGGGAUUGUACAUUAACUGUUAGUAAAGACAUAGAGAUUAUAUCACAUUUAAGAGAGACGUUUGGAAUAAUCGCCACAUGAUGCUUAUGGAAAUCACCCUCUGCUCUUCAGCCUAUCCCGGUAGAGCUGAACCAGACUCAGACUCUGUGUGUAUGUAAUCCAUGCUGUACAAUGCAUUGUGUAAAUUUUCCUGGAGUUGUUGACAAAUACACAUAUGUAAACAAGAAAUAAAAGCAUUUAGAAUUCUAUUAAAUAAAACCAAAUAUGAC